GCCAGCCAAGCCAGUCAAGCCAGUCAAGCCAGUCAAGCCAGCAAAGACAGCCACCCCGGAUCUCACCGCCGAAGUCUUGUCACGUUCCGUCUUUGAUCGUCAUCAUCCUUAACAACCGCCUUCAAGCCUAACAUCGCCAUGCAUCUCCUCGCCUUGGCUACUCUGCUACCUCUGGCUCUCACAGCUCCAGUGCUCCAGCCUCGAGGUGUUCAGCUGAUUCCGGACAGCUACAUCGUCAAGUUCAAGGAUGGCGCUACAGACAGCCGCGUCACCGACACCCUCAGUGGCCUCAAGUCAUCGGUCGUCACCAAGCACAUUUACCGCUCCAAGCUUUUCAAGGGCUUUGCGGCCAAGCUGAGCGCCAAGGACGUUGAGAUUCUGAAGAAGUUACCUGAGGUCGAUUAUAUUGAGCAAGACGGCAUCGUCAGGAUCACCGAGUAUGUCACGCAGAGCAAUGUCCCCUGGGGCCUCGCCCGGAUUUCUCACCGCGCUACGGGGGCAACGUCGUACGUCUAUGACGCGAGCGCCGGCGCCGGCACUUGCUCCUAUGUCAUUGACACGGGCAUAUAUGUCAACCACACCCAAUUCGCCGGGCGCGCUACUUGGCUCGCCAACUUUGCUGGAGAUGGCAAAGACUCUGACGGCAACGGCCACGGCACCCACGUCGCCGGCACGAUCGGCGGCACCGACUACGGUGUGGCCAAGAAGACCCUCCUGUACGCUGUCAAGGUUCUCGACUCGGGCGGUUCCGGGAGCAUCUCGGGUGUCAUUGCCGGCAUCAACUACGUGACGACGGACUCGGCGACGCGUAACUGCCCCAAUGGCACUGUUGCUAAUAUGUCGCUUGGUGGAGGCAAGUCGACGGCUAUCAACAGCGCCGCCGCCGCUGCUAUCAAAGCCGGUGUUUUCCUCGCCGUCGCUGCUGGUAAUAGCGAUGAUGAUGCCGCAUUUUACUCGCCGGCCUCGGAGCCAACCGUGUGCACCAUUGGCGCUACCGACAAUACCGACACACGGGCCUACUUCUCCAACUACGGCACCCUCGUCGAUAUUUUUGCCCCUGGUGUUGAUGUUCUGUCGUCCUGGAUCGGAGGGACCAACGCAACGAAUACCAUCUCUGGUACAUCCAUGGCGACCCCACACAUCACCGGUCUCGGUGCCUACCUCUUGGGGCUGCUGGGCAAGAAGGCUCCCCAGGCCCUGUGCCAGUACCUCAAAGACACGGCCACCGCCAACGUCAUCACUGAUGUGCCCACCGGAACUAUCAACGCGCUGGCCUUCAACGGUGUCGAAUAAGCGGUUGCGAAUCUCUGUGCUUCUUCCAGCGGCUUCCCGUCAUAUGGUUACAAUGAUGGGAAGUGCGCUAUUUACGACUUUCUCUUUGCACGAGUACCUAGUUUUCGUUGGCGAUUUCUUUGCUUGCCGUUCCUAUCACUUUCAUCCGGGCAUCUUUCCUUCUUGCAUAGAUUUCCUUCUCGCAUUCUCGAGAAGCUGCCCUCGUCGAUAUUACCACAUAGAUUUGUUUAAAUCCUAUAUAAUUGCUCCUG